AUGGCUUGGCCGGUGGAGCUGGCCGCCUUUGAUUCAUUGCGGGCUUCGCGAGCCUUCUUUGGAGUGGAGGAUGCCGUGUGGACGGCCUUCACUCGUGCCGCUGGGGGCCCGGGGGACGACUUCCGGCUCCUGGCAGCACUGCCGCCAGCGGCCGUGGCAGCAACUACAGAAGCUGCCACCCUGGAGACCGGCGAGCACCUGACAGUGGUCCAAGCCGCACAGCGGAAACUGCAUGUGGACUCAGGGCUGGACCUUCGACACUGGGUGGAUCCAGACCCAUGGGCGCAAGCACCUCAAGGGGUGCCAAACUACAUCACGGAACCCAAGGAAGUGAUGAAGGCCACGAUGGAACGGAAGACGAAGUUCUCCGCAAUUUUGGACCAGGGGGACGAGUCGGAGUUUGUCAUCUCGUCGGAGGAGCAGAAACAGAGAUGGCUGGAAAACUUCGUUCGCCAGACAGGUGGACUCCCCUUGGAGCAGGAGGAACCAUCCACAGAACAAAUCUCAGCAUUGCUGAGGAGGAUCAAUGGAGGUGGGGCCCCAUACGCCGACUUUGCAGUGUGGCUACCGUAUGGGAAGAAAGCCCACAGAACUCAAAAAUACAGGGCAUACAUCCCUGUUAUGGGCGGCUACAUCUCCUACGACCAAUGGAGGGCCAGCUUAAUUCAGGGUUUACAGAACAGCCCUCCUGAUGCUCGACACCCUGACGAUGGCUACGUGUGUGGCGUACGAAGCUCACAUAGAGAAGCUGGACAGGCUUUAUCCUGGGGCCUGGCAUCUCAUUGUCGCUGCGGACGACUUGGGAACCGAUGGGAUGGUCCCUGGAGAACCCAUGGGGGCCUGGUCAUGCAGCACUUCCGACGGUUGGCAACGGCAGAGUUCUACGCCAAGGGGCAAGCCGACUUGAAACAAGAAGUGGAGGACCUCAAGGAGAGGAGCCGCAAACGGGAGAGGUCCCCUCGGGAAAACGACACGGCGGAGAAGGAGUACACCAAGACGAAGGAGGAAGAAGCCUUGCAGUCGAAGGCAGAAGAGUCGGCCGCUUCAAAAGCCAAGGCGAGAGCGGGUGACCCGGACACCGACUUGGCCGACUGGGUGGAGAAGGGGACAGUGACGGGCAAGCUGUCCUGGCUUUCCGGGGUUCCACCCAGAACCAAGUGGAUCCUGAGGGUCUUCUAUGCCGUCAUGGCGGACAGGGAAGAAGAGAUCCGCCCAGGGAAAGAGGCGUCAAGGAAAGCGCCGGUUUGGCCCGUCAACGAGGGUGGACGCGGGACGACUGGUGAACCGCAGAACACGGGGAACCAGAUCCAGCUGAGACCAUCAAUGAGAGAGGUUUUUGACCGCAACCGAGAUGGACAGCGUGGAGGUGACGAAGGUUGGAACCAAGGGCCAGGGAUCACCAUGGGGGAAGUCUUCGGUAGGAGCAGAACCCAGGUCGAAGACCAGAAAGGGCCGAAUGACGGUCCUACUCACCUGGCACCCAGGGCUGCAAUGGGUGCCAAAUUCUGGAAGCUGGAAAGGACUAUCCUGGUGAACAGAGAACCGGUCCAGGACGAGGAGUACGGCACGAAGGCAACAGCACCAUGGAUGCCAGAGUUGACAGAAGAGACACCACAACAAGGGAGAGCGAGGCGAAACAGGACGGCAAUCAAGGAGUUGGAGGAGGACUUCAAUGCCAAAGCGUCCAAGGCCACGAAGAAGGCGAUGAGGACUACGAUCACCAAGAUCUUGAAGGAGGCGCGAGGAACACUACCGUGCCCCCCCACAGUCGAGAAGCUGAAGGUGCUGGCAGGUGCGCUGAAGCAAGCAAACUACAGAGCAGCAAGUCAGUACUUGGGCGAGUACAAAGUGAUGGCAAUCGAAGAGGGGCAUUCAUGGCCGGAACAACUUGAGCGAGCCCUGAAACUCUGCAAGAGAUCGACGACUCGAGCUUUGGGACCCCGAAAGAAAGCCAAGGAGGUUCAGGUGAACGAGACGGGCAAGGUGACGAAGGAACAUCUCAAAGUUGAAGUGGAGCACAAUCACAAGAGGGUGGUAUUGACCAUCCCAGUGUCCAAGACGGGCCAAGAAGCACUAACCACCACGAGGAUGCUCCAAUGCCUGUGCGAAGGGGACGAGUGCUCCACGGGAUGCCCUCUGCGCAUCUCAGCCAUGCUAGUCUUCGGCAUGGAAGACAACGGAGUUACCUAUGCCGCCUUCACCAACAAGAAAAAGCGAGCCAAGAAGGCCCAGCUGGUGAAAGAAUGGGUGAAACUGUAUGGCGCAGGCACGACAGGGCAUUCAACGAGGAGAACACGAGCUCUACGCUACAUCCGCCACGGAUGGGCCAUUCCACAGGUAGCCUAUCUAGGCCGCUGGAAGUCAGAUGUGAUCUACCAAUAUGCAGCCGAAUCUCUAGAGAGCCUACCUGUCAAUGCUAACAGAGCCUUCAUCAAGAACCUCUACGGCACGAAGGAACACAAUGAGGCCGGGCCAAUUUGUUACAAGCCCAAAGACGUGGAGGAAGUGCGGGACUAUCUCCUGGCCCUAGCCGCAGAACUCCAAGAAAGGGCCCUCCGUGCUUUGGACAUCGAGGUGGAAAAUCUGAAGAAAAGAAAUGAAAAGACCCCAGGAAGACUUCCACCUUUUGUCCAGACUUUGGGCAGCGGAAUGACCCACCACAAUUGGAACAUGACAAGCUGCACGCCCCCAUUGGCAUGGAGAACUUUGUGUGGGUGGCAUUAUCACAAGGCAGACUACAUGUUCACGAUGACCGACGAGGGCACGAAGCAGUGCGGAAUGGGAAAGGCGAAGUUCCAACGUCAGGGUACCUAUGGCCCACAAGAGUCUGACAUUCUGAGUGCCAUCGAUGAAAAGUUCGAAGAGUUGGAGGAAACCAUCAUCUUGGCAUCUUUGGUUCCACAGCUACACGAACGUCUGCAUGCACUGGAACAGAUGCUUAAGAUAGGAACCAGCCCACUUUCAACGGCUAUCCAAGAAGUAAAAGCUCGCAAAGAGAAGGAGAGACACAAAGGGCCACAGUGGGGUGACACAUGUUCUCCCCUUCCAAUUAGACCACCAGAAGAUCAUGCGAAUGCUGAGGAGGAUUUAGACAAGGGCACAGAUAGCCCUUCCCACGUGAAAGUGGGGGUUUCCUCGGACGCAGCUGCUGAGAUCAAUGACCUCAUGGCCUUAUCUCCAGUCAGGCGGCGGGAGGUCAAGAGGAUUACUGACAUUUCUCGAUCCAAGGUGUCUGAGAUGGACGAAAAGACCCUGGAUACGCAGACCAGUGAGUACUACACCUUCGGUGAAUCCACUUGGGACUUGGUGAUUUUCAUUGGCACUGGGGCACUUGGGCCCUUGGGUUCAAUCCAAACCAUCCUCUUGGCAAUCAUCAAUGUGCUGAUGCAGGUCGUAUUUUGCGCCAUUGCCUGGUUCAACUUCACAUCACCUGAUAUCAAUGAAGAUUCAGUUACGGACACCUUGAGGUGGAGGAGAUCAUCGGGCCAUUCCUAUGCAGACUAUAGCCCUGUGGCCAAAGAGUCGUUGGUUCAUCGCGUUUGCAAAAUGGACAAGUCCUUGGAAUCAUCGGGGAUCCAAGUUGACCUCAUCGAGAACAUCAACAAGUACCUGAAGUCCGAGGAAACAGGUCUUGAAGGCUUCUUCACCGGACAGAUCCUGUGCAUUGUGGCCCUGAUUUGUUGGUACCUGAUGGUGGCCAAGGAGGUGAGCCAUGCCUUGGCGUUGCACCGCGGGGUGAUGGCCGUUCCACGUGGUGCGACCAAACUCGAUACGCGAGAGAAUCCCUUCACGCAGGUAACUCACUAUCGCUUGCGCGCAGUAGCGUUACGGCGCAAGAUUGCCAGCGGUUUUCUACUCCUCUAUCGCUUGCUGGCCGCUGCAUUGUUGCUGUAUGUGGGUACCAGCUUUUUGGUUUAUACAGUAAAUGUGACAGAAUUGAUCCUAAAUGCUGUGGCUUUGGGCAUCAUCCUGGACAUUGACGACCUGCUCUUUGAUGCCAUGGCCACCACACCAGGUCGGCAUUUGGUUCAUCAGUUGGACCCCCUCCACAUGCCAUCCUUACCGCGCAUCAGGGGUGCUGAUGCCAAGUCGGUCUUCAUGAGCAUCUUCAUUCCAGCGCUUACGAUCCUGGUGUACUUCUCGAUGCUUGAGCCGUUCGUGGGAACUUUGGAUGGUGUCAGGAUUGCCAUGUGCGGUGGAAACCAAAACUUCGUGUGGAGCAUGGACAAACGCCGCAUUACACAGCUGUCACCGACAUAUGGUGGAGGCUGGGAGGAGGAGGAAGGGAGCAUCAAGAAGCUUGGAAUAAGCUUGAAGCAGACUGAGACUGAGAAGAUUUUCGGGGAGGCAUCUUGUUGCACUAUGACAGAUGCGAUUAUGGAGGGCGAAAGUCUCACAUCUGGUUUUACGGUCAACAACUCCCGCUAUGGCUUCUGGGUCAACAGUGUGUCACUCAGUGUGCUGACGUCAGCCUUCCAGGGAACUUCCAGGGCUGAGUCUGGCUCAGGUGUGAAUGUGCUGAGUGACCAAAGUGUAAUGAGCCUGGACAGCAUGGUGGACAGUGCCAACGGCAACUGUGGGGACAUUGGGAAUGAAGAGCCAAUGCUCAACUAUCUCC